AUGGACCACGGCCCCGAGACCAAGAAGCAUCACCAGCAUCCCUACCCACCCGGCGCCGCGGCGCACAGCUCCAAUCCCAACGCCUACGCGGCGGCUGCUGCUCCUCCUCAUCACCCAUACCACCAACCACAUCCUCCGCGGCUCCCCUCGCCACGCACGCUCUCACCGCGCUUGCCCUCCCCUCGCCACUCGCCGCGCUAUACCUUGCAGCAUCCGCAGCCGCCGCCACAGCCUCCUUCGCAGCUCCAUCCCGUCCGCUCUUCUGCCAGCCCAUAUCAGUCCGCCCAUCCCUCCGCCUCGAGCGCUCCCGCUGGUCCUGGUCCUGGUCCUGGUCCCUUUCACACCAACGGACCCGUCGCCCCUGCCUCUACCUCUGCGUCUGCUUCUGCUUCUGCGUCUGCUCCUGCCUCCGCCUCCGCCUCCGCUGCCCUCGACCAGCGCCCUUCCAUCGCAUCGUCGCCGGCACCUGUGACACCCGUGUCGGCGCACUCCUUCACGAACUCGACGACCUUGCCGCCACCGCUCCCGGCGCCUCACAACCAACACAACGGCACAAACACCAACGGCCGGCUGCUGCAGCACAAGCCGUCGCAUUCACACUCGCUCUCCCAGCCGCGCACCUACUCGCCCCACCUGGACGACCGCCGGCACAAUGAGCAGGACACGUACGCGCUUGGACAGGAUCAUCGCCCGCAAGACUUUUAUCCUCAGCAGCAGUACCUACAGCAGCCGCCCGACUAUCGGUUUCCUUCCCGCUCGCCCGCGAGCGCUGCUCCCGGUCUACCGCCGCCACCGCACAACGCGCCGUCCUACGACCGCGCCGACAAGCCACAGCACCUGCAGCACCCGCAGCUGGUAGACGACGACCCGGCUCGCAACCGACCCGGCUCGGCCUCGUCUACUACCGGCACAGGCAGACUGCAGCAGCAGCAGCAGCAACAACAGCAACCUCCAAUACCCCUCAUGCGGCAGUCGGACGACGGCGCUCGCUCAAUGAGCUUCGAUAACCUCUCCCACCCCAAUAUGGGUGGCCCCGGGCAGCCUCCGCAGUCGUAUCCUCCUCCCUACCCUCCCCAGCAACAACAACAACCGCCGCCACCAACACAACCGCAGUUGCACCACCUCCCGCCACAGCACCAGCAACACCCCCCACCACAGCAUGCGCAUUAUCAGUCAUAUUCACAACAACCAGCACCUCCUCCGCUGCCGGCUCACCACCCGCCUGGCCACAUGCAAACAGCCGGGUCGUCACAACAACAAUCGCCGUCUGGACCACCACAGGGCUCGCAGCAAGGCCACAGCCCUCAGUACCGACCGUCCAGCUACCCGCCGGCGACGACACCGGCAUCCAUGAGCCAUGCGCAACCACCUCCUCCACCGAUACAGCAACAGCCGCUGAUGCCGUUGCAACACCACCCGCACGGCCCACCACCGCUACAGCCGCAACAACCAUCACCGACACAACAACCGCCGCCACCGCCACCGCACCCUUUACAGCAUCCCCAGCAAUCACCACAACAGCAACAGCAAAUGUCCCAGCCAGCACCACCACCACCACCACCACCACCAGCACAGCAGCAGCAGCCGCCCCAACUGCAGCCGCAUUAUGAGCAACAGCCACCGCCACCAGCACAGCAACAGACCCCCAUGUUUAACCAUGCGUCCGGCCCUCCGCCUUCCGCCGACAUCCUAUACCCGCUGGCCUAUGCUGCCGCCGGCAAAAAGAAGGCCCAGCGCGCAUCGCAGGCGUGUGACAGUUGCCGCUCGCUCAAAGCCAAGUGUGACGAGACCAAGCCCUGCAAGAAUUGCCGUGAGAAAAACAUCGAGUGCAAGUACCGCGAUCCCAUCCCCAAACAGCAGGACAAGGCCACGGCGGACCUCAUCGACAGCAUCGGCGUCAUGCGCAAUGACAUCCAAGACAUCAUGGCCGCUGUCCAGCAGUUGGCCAAGUCAGCUGCUGACAAUGCCCAAGCAACCGCGGCGGCGGCUGCUGCAGCGGCUGCUACCGCGUCUGCCCUGGAAGCGGCCGGUGUCGGGGUCAACCUGCGCGGUGCAGGCAUUGCUUCCUCGGCUGAUGCCAUGCAGGCCGCUGCUGCUGGCGCCAGCAUCCUGCCCAUUGACCCGGCCAAUGCCACGGCCGCCGCGGCGGCGGAGCCGGCGCCCCUGUCAUCCAACGAGGCCGAGCGCAUCACGCGCGAGGCACAAGGCGAGCUGAACGCCGUGAGCGAUUUCACGGGUCCCGUCGUCAAACCAAACGAGUCGGCCAUCCCCUCCAACCACACCACGCUCGCUGGCUUGCUGCUCACGUGGCCCACCAUUCGCGAGCGCGUCCACCACCUCCUGGUCGAGCAGGGCAUCCAACACUUGCCAGAAUACCCCAUCCGCCAAGAAGAGCAGCGCGGCACCAUCCGCUUCAUGGGCCGCGGCGAAGGGUUUGACCAGAAGAUGACCAUCCGUGUCAGCGAGAACGAAGCCGGCAGCUCCCUACCAGAGACGAGCGUUGCGAUGGAACGCGGCCCCAGCAACGUCAGCAACAACAGCAGCGGCGGCAGUUACGAGGACGGCAAGGAAUCCGUGCGCUUCCCCGGCGAGAUUUGGGGCCAGCUCGGCGGCUGGGGCCAGGUCGGGCCGUAUGGCGCAUCCAGCAACAUUGAGCUCGACCUCGACCCCAAGACGGUGUGGACAUACGUCAAGAGCUACGAGGCGAACAUACAGAACAUGCACCCCAUCAUCAACCCCAGGCCGCUGUAUGCCAUGGUUACUCUCUUCCUCGAAACCCUUCCCCGGUCAUCGCCCUCGUCGUCCCAGGCAGGCAGGUUCGCGUGGGGCGCCGUGCCGCGCGCCCCCGUCGCCGCGUUUGCAGGCACGCCCGACGCGCCCCAGGCACAAUCGCCCACCGCCGAGGGCAGUCUCAAACGGAAGCGGUCGCCGUUCCCCGAGGGCUACUCUGGACCGAGUGGUAGCGGCACCGGCACCGGCACCGGCAGCGCCCCCGUCGCGCCCACAAUGCCGCUGCGUCCGGGUGUGCCGUUCCGCAACGCGGAAAGCGCCCUGGUGCUUGCCAUUUUGGCCCUCGGCAAGAUCUGCCUGCACAAACAGGGGCAUCUUCCCGAUGUCGUGCCAGAGAACCUUGAUCCCGAGUCGCCGCUGCCUACCGGCGCGCAGUCGUCGCAGGCGUCGCCUGUGUUUGCCGAAGCGCAUAUCCACACGUACAAUGCCCAACCCAACAACGGCUACUCACCCGCGCCGUCUGUACAUGACUCGCCGUCCGCGUCGCCUGCCGUGGGCCCGGGUCACACGCCUAGCCGUCGCACGUCCGUGCAGGGUGGUGGCGGCAGUCAGUCGUUUGGCAGCAGUGGGACGGUGCCGUGGGCCCCCGUCUCUGGCGGCGGUGCGUCAGCAGGGAGCGGCAACUUCUUGCCCCCCAGCUCGAGCGGCACCGGAUCGGCCAAGGGCGGCAACAGCGGCAACAGCGGCAACAGCGGCGGCAUGCCGAGCGCCGCGUCGAUGCGGCGCAACGUGGACGAAAUCCCCGGGUUGGACUACUUCGCGGCGGCCAUGGAAAUCAUCGGCUGCCAUGGCGCCGGUCGCGAGCUCAAGCACGUAUGGGUGUACAUUGUGGCCUGCUUGUACUAUGGCCAGCUGGGCCGGCCCAUUGAGAGCCUCGAGGCGGUGGCCAUGGCCGGUCGCCUUUUGCUGGGCAUUGUGCGGCCGAGCAUGCAUCGCUUCAAGUCGAUUCUCACAAAACUCGAGGAAUACGCCGGCAAGAUGGACGAGUUUGGCAAGCCCCUCCAGCCCCCUGACGAGAAGAACGUGCAGCACCGCGACAAUCCGUUUCUCCUCGCGUUCUGGUCGUGUCUACAGCUGGAGAGCGAUAUUCUGGCCGAGCUGCACCUGCCGCCGUCAGGUAUUCUCCAGUACGAGAAGCACUUCCCCUAUCCGCGCAUCUCCUUCCUCGCCAAGCACGGCGUCGAGCAGCACGUCUUGGAAAGCUACACCGCCCAGCUCUACCUACGCAACCAGCUCAAUGACAUCCACAAGACUCUGUACCACGGCGACUUCAACGGCGAGCCCAACUUCAAGUCCAUCGAGAUGUACUCGGGCCUGCUGGCGACGCACACGUGGGUGCCCAAGUGCUACGCGUUCGACGACACCGACCCGCCGCCGAAUGAGAUUCUGCACGCGCGCCUGCGGGCCAAGUACUGGGGCGCGCAGGUGAUUGUGCACCGGUUCUACGUACGCCGCAUCCUCGAGAUCAACUACGCGAAGCGGAUCAAGCGCGAGGCGAGGGCGAGCAAGCACCGGCGCUUGAACGUGAACGGCGACGUCGAGAGGGACGAGCUUGGUGAUGACGAAGACAAUGACACGAAGACGGCCGCCGGGCCUGCGUCGUAUGCGGCCGACGAGACAUCGCCAUCGGCUCAUCGGGACGCGAACGAGGCGAUGCCUGGGGGCGACACGCCCGCGCAGCCGUCGACCCACCUCGGGGGCGUCGACAGCCCCUUCUCGCCCAAGAGCAUGGCGCUGGCGUUGCGCGGCAUCCAGGCGCUUGUCGAGAGCACGCGGGCGUUCCACGGCCUGCCGGACCGUCGCUUUAUUAUUACGAAUGUGUUUGGCACGGCACACGCGCAGUGGGGCAACCUGCUCAUCCUCGACUCGAUCCAGCGCGACCCCGUGCUCGGCCAGUACAUCACGGAAGACCUCGUCAACGACCUGUUCCGCAAGACGAUUGCCUUCUUCGAGGUCGUCGCACAGCCGUCGAGCUCGCUGGGCUACGACCUGCGCAUCCUCAAGGGCCUGUACGCCAUGCGCAUGGCCAACCCCGUCUACAUUGAGCAGGCCCAGAGCCUGCCUGUGGCCCCGGGCCUGCCCGUGCAAGACGCCAAGAUGUACACGUCCAGCGAUCCGCAUUUGAUGAUGCUCGGCGACAACAUGAACCAGAUGCAGGAGCUCUACCCAUAUGUUGCAGAGGACCCCCCUGUGGCGACAGAGACAACGAUGACGACAUUGGCACCCCAACCCUCGUCGACCUAUCCGCCGCCCCGCGUGUCGCCGCUAGGCCCGCCGCCCCCGCCGAAUCCAGCCGCUGCUACCACAUCCGCACCAACGGCAGCGGCUGCAGCAGCAGCGGCUGCACCGACGUCGAGUGCGCCGCAGUACCCCAGCAAGUACCCCGACGGCUCGCCUAUGCAGAUAUCCCCCAUGGGCGGGUCGCUCGCGCAGUAUACGUCGCCGCCAGGGUCGCUCCAGCGGCACACGCAGGCCUACGUGUCGCCGCCGGCCGCAGCCUUGGCUGAUGGUUUCAGCGGUGGUGGUGCCAGCAGCAGCAGCAUACCCAGUCCCACGCAGGCUCGCCUGCCCGGAAUGCAAUUUGGCCCACCGCCGGCCGUCAAGACGCCGACAACGCCAAACGAACCGGGCUUCCCGCAUCACCUGCCGCCGUACGAGCGACGUCCGUAUGAGUGA